AUGCUUAAUGAUAUGAUGAAGAGAAAUAAGAGAUCCUUAGGAUGUAGUCAUAUGGCUGAUCAUCAUGGCGAGGAUGAAGAGGAGGAGGAGGAAGGCUUAUCCCGAUCUAAUGACAGCCUCGGACAACAUGCCAUACUCCCUCCUUAUGUUGAGAACACCAUACCAUUCCAUCAGGGUUCUGAUAGUAUUCUGCAUGAGGGUGAUCAUGUCAUCAGCAACCGCCAUGAUAUUCAAAUCGACUGGGCGUCUCUCAUUACGGCUCCGGUAGUGACCACAACACAAUAUACGAGCCUUCUCUCCUCACCUUAUCAUACAACUCAAGAGGACUCCACUCUAGAUGACACUCUGUCGGUGGCCUACUCUGCUGAUUCUCCCUCCUCUGCUGGCAGUGGAGGCCAAGCUGAUAGGGAUACUAUUGUUGGAGUGGAUAAGGAGGAUGAUGGUAUCACUAAUGAAGAGGAGGAGGAGGAGGAGGGUGAUUGGACACUCCUAUAUGAUAGCACUGUUGAUUAUGAUGCUGAGGCAUCACCUCCCACCCUCGACCUGGGCGAUGCUGAGCUUCAUGAUUUCAUCUUGCUGUGA